AUGUCCGGCAAUCCCGGUUCUCCGGCACAAUGCAGCCCGAUCGUGAAUCGGACGCUAGAACUGAAUUUGAACAGGAAGCGUUCGAGAGAAUGCCUACGAUGGGGCACGGUGCACAUACUGCUUCUGUCUGUGGUUCUGUUCGACAUCUCCAAUAAGUGUCCGUACUCGUUCUCAAACCUGUACUAUGUGGAAUAUCUCGCGGCAGUCAUGCUAACCUGCAGCAUGAUGUAUUACUACUCCUGCUACUUUUACUACCUGUUUAGCACGGAACCAAUUUGCGGGACAGAACAGCAACGUCGAAUACUACAGUUCGACGCCAACGAUAGCUCUUUUAUCACUACGCCACCGCAAACGAAACAAUCGACGAGUGCUGACAAUACGCCGGUGAACGUUUCCGCAUCACUGUUACGAUCCUUUCACGAACACAACUUUUCGAUUACUUCUCCCCGUUGGGUGUUAAGUGGGGGCAGUCCACCGAUGGACACGGCACGAUCGCCGAUGGCAUUCGAUCGAAAUGUAUCCUAUGAAGGCCACCCACCAAAUGUAAGCGCCGGAUCGAUGAAGUUUUCUCCCGCUUUACGUAGGCUGGGUCCACCUGGCGAUACAAUCAUGGAUGAUUUGUUUACGGAAACCUACGCGCAUGAAACCCCGGUGGAUAAGAGCAACCGAUCGCAAAAGGAACAGGUGAACAAUUCCGAUGAUUCCACGAACUCAUCUUUUGGCCGAUAUCGGUUCAACGACAUGUCCUAUUUGUUGAAAACAUCGAUGUACCAACUGUCGUCCUCUGUAACACCGAGCAAACAGCUAACAAAGGAGCUCGAAACUGGCCCAUAUAAUGCGUUCAUUGACGGCAGUCCAGAGGGACUGAAGAAGGUGUCCGCUGCGCAACUUUCCACCUACGUCGGUAAUUUGCGCAUGUGGAUAUCGCUCACGAUAUUGCAGCGGAUCGAGGAGGAGAUUAACAUUGUCGAUCAGGCUUUCAAAAGUCGUGGCUUUGCAGACAUCCAGAUCGGUAACAUCGGGUUGGAGCGGUUGAAAAAAACGGCCGAAAAUCAACAACUAGUAUCGUUGUAUAUUCCCCGGUUACCGUUGCUUAUACCGUUUCUGGAAAUGUCCACCAACCAGGAGUAUCUGGUGCAACGGAUUAAAGUGCUUGCCAAGGGCAGUUGUUUAGCUGACUACCGAUGGAAUUCAGGCUCGGCGUAUAAGGGAAUCAGCUGGGACGAACAUUUACCUACCGACUCGGCACUAAUUUUCCACCUGUUCUGUACCUAUUUGGAUAGUCAGUUACGCCCGCUACCUCAGCCCGGUGGUCGCCCGUUCUACAAUCGUUACGUGGUUAUAGGUGAUAAGAAGACAACGAAGGAAACGCUCGCAGAAGUAAAUACGAAAAAUAAGGCCAAAUGUGCCAUUCUCUGCUCUAACCCACUGAAGCCCAAGUUUAACUUCGUUUCGGAUGAUAAAAUACACAGCUGUUCCUACGAUCGAAACAAUCUGUUCUACGUCAUCAUUCAAUUUUUAAUGUACAUGAAAACACACCACGAAUGCUCAUUGGAGGGUAUUAAUCUCGGCAAAAGUGGCAUCAAUAUACUCUGCUGCAUCGAUGAUUAA